GAAAAUAAAGUUAUGGGAAGAAAUUGCAAAAACAUGUCAUCUAUCAAUCGAUGAAGUUCAACAAAGAUGGAAAAGAUUGAAAGAAAGAUAUGGCAAACAGAGGAGACUAAACGAACUCGCAGUGCAACUCGCAGUGGCAGUGCCACAUGCAGAAAAUUAAACAAUGGCCGUUAUUUGAAAGUAUAAAAUUCAUGGAAAAACACAUCCAGAGAAGAAGGACAUUCAGCAAUGUUUCACUGCAAUUUGGAAUAACAUUGCAUACCACACCAGAAAAAUCAAAUUUCAGUCAUCAGAGAGAAAAUACAGCAUCUCAAUCAAAUCAAAACAUGACUCAAUUAUUUCAAGAAUUGAAAAGACGUCAAAGCACAGUUCAAGUAAAUGAAGGAUUGAAAAAAGUCCCAAGCAUAGUUCUACAAAAUCGGAUAGAGAGUGUAAUCGGAAAAAAAUGUCAAAGAAGAAUAAACGCGGGAAUCGUUCGGGCUGGCAGAAGCAACGGUGGCGUAGAGGUUUAGAGUGGGUAGAAAGCACGUUGCACCAGCCGCCCAGUGCUGAUGUCGGUUAUCCAGUAAUUAUUAGCGAUGAGAAGAUGAACCUGAACCUGGAAAUUAAGCGGUGGAAGAAACUCAUUCCGAUUAAUACCACGCAUUGGUAUUACACCGUAACAUUACCGAUUAAUGAUCCACAUUACCGCGUGUAUAAAGACAAACUCAUCUGUACAAUAAAUCCAGCUCCACCUGUACUUACAUUAGAAUAAAAUAAAUGUGUAUUCA